AUGGCCGCGCAGUCGGACGGCGGCAAAGCCGGGGUCGGGUGCGGCGGGGGCGGUUUCGCCCAGCUGUACGAUGUUGAUGCCGAGGAGCCCCUGGACUCCGCCGCGAUCCACAUCUGUCAGUGCUGCCGCACCUCCGCUUGCUACUGGGGCUGCCGCUCAGCCUGCCUCGGCUCUCUGCUCGGCGGGGGCCAGCCUGCCGGAGGGGUCGGCAUCCGGGAGACUCACUGCCCGCCCCGGGAGCAGCUGUGGCUGGACUGCCUCUGGAUCAUCCUCGCCCUCCUUGUCUUCUUCUGGGACGUUGGCACGGACCUGUGCCUGGCGGUGGACUACUAUCAGAGGCAGGACUACCUCUGGUUCGGCCUCACUCUCUUCUUCGUGCUGGUGCCGUCGGUGCUGGUCCAGAUUCUGAGUUUCCGCUGGUUCGUUCAGGACUACACCGGCGGGGGGCUCGGGGAGGUGGAGGGGCUGACCAAGCGGGGCGCGGUGGCUCUGGGGUGCCUGUAUCCCGGCAGGGACCGCCUGCAGCUGGCCACCAUCUGGCUGUGGCAGGCCACCAUUCACAUCCUCCAGCUGGGACAAGUGUGGAGGUACAUCAGGACCCUGUACCUGGGCAUCAUGUCACGUCGGCAGAAGGAGCACCAGCGGCGCUGGUACUGGGCCAUGAUGUUCGAGUAUGCGGACGUGAACAUGCUGCGGCUGCUGGAGACCUUCCUGGAGUCGGCACCUCAGCUGGUCCUGCAGCUCUGCAUCAUGAUCCAGGAGAACCGAGCCGAGACGCUGCAGUGCAUCUCCUCCCUGGGCUCCCUCCUGUCUCUGGCCUGGGUUCUGGCCUCCUACCACAAACUGCUGCGAGACUCGCGUGACGACCAGCGCAGCAUGAGCUACCGCGGGGCGCUGCUGCACCUGUUCUGGCGCCUCUUCACCAUCUCGUCCCGCGUCCUCUCGCUCGCCCUCUUCGCCUCCCUCUUCCACAUCUACUUCGGCAUCUUUGUAGUGAUCCACUGGUGCGCCAUGGCCUUCUGGGUGGUGCACGGGGGCACCGACUUCUGCAUGUCGAAGUGGGAGGAGGUGCUCUUCAACAUGGUGGUUGGCAUUGUCUACAUCUUCUGCUGGUUUAAUGUGAAGGAGGGUCGGACGCGCUACAGAAUGGUGGCGUACUACACAGUGGUGUUGGCUGAGAACACCAUCCUCACUGGGCUGUGGUACGCCUACAGGGACCCAGUGUUGACCGACUCCUACGCUGUCCCAGCGCUGUGUAGCGUCUACCUGACGUUCGCCGGCGGCGUCCUGGUCAUGCUGCUGUACUACGGAUUCCUCCACCCUGCCACAACCCCCCUGCAGCCGAGCCCCGCCUCGUCCUGCUGCGCCCAGCUGCUCUGGGGUCUCCCCCUCCCCCCGUCAGCUCCGCCCACCGCUCCGCCGACCCCGGCCCACAUGACCAAGUCACAGACGGAAGAGGAUGUGGCCGAGACAUGCCUUCCCGUCUUCCAGGUGAGGUCAGCGCCCAUCACCGCCAAGCCCGAGGGCCCACUUAUAAAGAUCGACAUGCCCAGGAAGCGCUACCCGGCCUGGGACGCCCAUUACGUAGACAGGCGCCUGCGGAGGACUAUCAACAUCCUGCAGUACAUAACGCCGGCUGCUGUGGGCAUCCGCUACCGUGACGGACCCCUGCUGUAUGAACUGUUGCAGUAUGAGUCCUCACUCUGA